AUGACUUGCAUAUUGGUUCUAAACACUAUUAGUAGACUCAGUGCAAUAAACGAACACUUGGGAAAGUUUACAAAGGAGAAAAACAAUACAUAUAUUUUUACCAUAAAAGAACACAACAAAGUAAGGAAAAAUCAAACCGACUCAACAAGAAAAAUACCAAUAAGAGAUUUGGCUAUAACGUACGAUGCUAUUGGCGAAAUCUGCAGUUCUAUUAACGGGGUAUCAAACUAUGAAAUUUUCAUGAAACUAAUAACGACCUUCUCUUUCGUAAUCAUUGCAAUAUGGACCACUGUAUAUCAAUACCGGCAGAAACAAGAUAUAUCUGAAACAAUAGCGACAAUCACAGUGUGGAUAGUCAGUGGGAUGAUGCCAAUUUGUUUUCUAGGAAUCGUUUGUGACAGACUCAUAACGACUAGAAGAGAAACACAAGUUUUGGUCAACGAAAUUAUAAUGGAAUCAAGUCUUCCUAAAGCUUUCAGAUUACAAGCGCAGACGUUCAUGCAGUUGAUAGAAGCAUGGCCGCUGGAAAUGUACGUCUACGAUAUGUUUGCUAUUGAUAAACAGCUCAUCUUGAAGUUUUCCAGUGUGUGUACGACGUAUAUGAUCAUUAUUAUACAGAUUUCUCACUUUACUAAUACCUAA